AUGAUUGGAGAACAGAAGUUUCAUAAGGAACGGAAUUUUCAGGAUGGAGCACAGCUCAUCAGCAAAGACAAUAAAUACAACAACGACAACGACAUCAAGAACAGCAACAAGAACAGCAACAACAGCAAGGGCAACAGCAGAAUGAAGAAGAAACCUCAGAUCAAGAGAUUAAAAGAGCCAGGAGAACUAGAUAAAACAAACUAA